AUGCCUAACAAUCGUAGUGUGGUAGAGCAACGCAUUGCGUCUUUGGAAAGGAAGUUCAGGAAGAGUCCUGAGUUCUUUGAAGAUUACAAGAACUUCAUGGAAGCAAUCAUUACCAAGGGCUAUGCAGUUCGGGUUCCAACAAACCAACUGACCAGAGAGGACAACAGGGUGUUCUAUUUACCGCACCAUGGAGUCUAUCACCCGAAAAAGAAGAAGCUUCAGGUGGUAUUUGACUGCACAUCCUCCUACCAGGAUCGGUGUCUGAAUAGUGAGUUGCUCCAGGUGCCCGACCUGACCAACACAUUGGUUGGUGUCCUCCUCAGAUUCCGGGAGGAGCCUGUAGCAAUAAUAGCAGACAUUGAGUCAAUUUUCUUCCAAGUUAAUGUGCCAGAACAUGAUGCAGACUUACUCUGCUUUCUUUGGUGGCCCAACGGCAGAUUAGACGAGCCAAUAGAGGAAUUCAGAAUGGGAGUGCAUCUUUUUGGAGCCACUUCUUCUCCAAGUGUGGCCUCAUAUGCACUGAGAAGAACUGCGGAGGAUCACAGGGACACUGUAUCUCCAGACACAGUUCAGACAGUCCUGCGCCAUUUCUAUGUAGACGACUGGCUGAAAUGUGUAGCCACAGAAAACGAUGCAGUGAGACUGGUCAAGGAACUUCAAACUUUGUGUAGCAGUGGAGGGUUCACCUUAACGAAAUGGAUGAGCAACAGCAGAAAAGUGUUAACGUCAAUCCCUGCAGAGCACAGAGCCACUGAAGUCAGAGACCUGAAUUUACGACACGACACUCUACCAGUGGAAAGAACACUUGGUAUACAGUGGGACACAGAAUCGGAUACCUUCCUGUACAAAAUAGAGCUGCAAAACAAGCCAGUGACCAGAAGAGGUCCAGCCACAUUAAGAAUUGUCCUACUGGGGGAAAGUCAAAAUAGGAAGAGCAGCCUGGCCAACACCAUUUUCGGAGAAGCCAUAUUUAAACUAAAAGAGUUUAAUGAUGCAAAAUCCUUUACCACUGAAGCAAAAACCAAAUUUGUCAAUGGAAGAAACUUUACUUUGAUUGAUACUCCUGGUUUGUUUGACUCAGGCAGGCCUCAGAAGACCGUGAAGUCUGAGUUAAUGAGAUGUAUGAUAGAGAGCGCCCCUGGGCCUCAUAUUUUUCUGAUUAUUCUUAAAGUGGAAAAAUACACAGAGCAAGAGAAGGAUGUCAUCGCUAAAAUACGUCGGUAUUUCUCUGAUGAUGCCCUGAAAUACGCUGCUGUGAUCUUCACUCAUGGUGACCAGCUCCCUGAAGGGAUGAACAUACAGCAGUACGCUGCUCAAAGCGAUGGCUUGUGGGAACUGGUGCAGAAGUGUGGAGGUCGCUGCCAUGUUUUUGAUAACAAAUACUGGAGGAACACCGAGGAGGAAGAAUAUAGAAGCAACAAGUUCCAGCUGGCAGAGCUGUUCAAAACUAUUGACAAGAUAUUAAUCAAAAACAAAGGAGGACACUUCAGUAAUACAAUACUGAAUGAGAUAGAGACAGAUAUACAAAAGGAAAUAAAACUUUUAAAGCUCUCAUCAGAAAACAUGUCAGAGGAUGAAAUCAAACGGCAGGUGAAAAGUAUUGUUCUAAAAAAACAAUCAGCAGAGCUUCCUCUUUGGAUAAAGGCUACACUGGGAGUUGGAGUCUCUAUUUUAAUCUUCCGCUGGUUAAAAAACACAUUAGAGGCACCCCCUCUUACCAUCGAGUUAUUAAAGGAAGCAGGUCAAAAAACUGUACAGCAAACAACUGAGGAUGCAAUACCAAACAUAUUUGAGUUCAUUUCUAACUAUCUUGCUUUGUAUGAAAAAACAUACAAUCCUUUGUGUCCGUUUGAAUGAUUAUAGAAUGAAGUCACUCAUCUUUAAGAACCUUUCUAUCAUUCCUUCUGAUUUUCCUAACAAGAAAGGAUAAAUUCAGUUGCAAACUGUUUAAAAUCUGUUUAAAUUCAUCCACUGAUCUGUUUUAGAGUGAAGGAGGAAGAAUAGGAAAACAUAAAGCUCCCUGCAGAAAGAAUCCAAGCUGGAAUCUGAUGAACAUAUCACAGUGCAGCUAUUUAAGAAUAGGAUAAAAAAGUAAUAAAAAUAUCUUAAAUAAUGAUAAAUGUUACAAACAGUCUCAGUUUAUCACUUAGUUUAACACUUUAACUACAAAAAUACACAAUGAAAAUCUUUCCCUUCCUUCGCCUUCCAGUUUAGCAUGCACAUUUAUUCAAUUACUUAAAUCCUCUAAUAUAGGUACAUCUCGGUCCAGGCCAUUUUUGGAAGGAGGCCAGAAUUAGAGGCAGGCUUCUAUUUCUAUUUGAUCAAAACAGACUACCAGUGGAAUG